AUGCGAGAAACGGAGGAACAAAUACGAGAUAUUUUAGGGAUAAAAAACCAAGAGUUUCUUCAAGCGUUAACAAAGAAGAUUUCUGAGUACCAAACAAUAAUUAUUCAUCGCCAUAUUUCUCCUGAUGGAGAUGCUUAUGGAGCACAAAUUGGAUUGAAAUCAGGAAAAAGCGGUCAGUUAAAAGGAUAUAGAGAAGGAAUUUUUGAUCGUCUUGAAUAUUUUCAAGAUUCUGCCGAUAAAGCAAAAGAAGAAGAUUAUCGCGAUGCUUUGGUAAUUACCGUUGAUACUUCUAUAAAAGAACCAUUAGCACUAAGCCAAAAUCUAAGCAUUCCACAAAAAGCUAGUAAGGCACUUUAUCAUGGGAUGGUUACUGACACUAAUAGGUUUCAUUAUAUUUCAGAAAAAGAGGACGGAGAAAAGACAUUGACUAUUGCCGGGAUGAUGCUUUCAAAGUCGAAUUUCGAUCUUCUUAGUUUUUACAAGGGUGUUCAUCCUUUAUCUACUGUUGAGGAGACAAGAGUAAAAGGUUUCAUUAUGUCUAAUUUUAAAAUUGAUAAUGGAAAGGUUUGGUUAUUUAUCAAGCCGAGUGACUUCCACGAGCAAGAUGGAGUAACAGAAGAUGGAAAAAUUAGAGCAAGUUUGAGAAGUGAAAGUAUUGAGUAUCCAGUAAAUAAAAUUGCCCAAAAUUUUGGUGGCAGCGGACACAUUCGUGCUGCUGGAUUAAAACUUCCGAAAGAUGAUUGA